AUGAACGCGUCUGACGGCAGCUUGGUCUGGAAGCAGAACCUGAGCGAGCUGACGGGACUCAGAGGCACAACUAUAGUGAACGUGACAUUGUCAAGGUCAACCCCGACGAUUGCUGAGAAGCUCCGAUUGGCUCGAUCUGUGGUCCGAGGCAGUUUGGUUAAGCUAAACAUUCUACCCGGUGCGAUCCUAUGGCAAACCUACACGCUCCCCGAUAACGGCGGUGAACUUCGAGGCUACGAUGGAGCCUGCAUAUGGGGCAGUAGCCCCGCGAUAGACCCCAAGAGGAGGCUCGCUUAUGUAGCCACGGGCAACCACUACACAGCCCCAGCCAAGGUGCAAGAAUGCCAAGCGAGGCAAAACAAUCAGACGAUCCCGCCAACCGCGCCCGACCAAUGCAUCGGGCCUGAUGUGAACUUCAAUUCGAUCAUAGCGUUCGAAAUGGAGUCAGGAAGGAUCAGAGGCUCUGAUGCUGAUCACGAUCCCCACGACAUUGCCGUCGUGGUACAAAUGAGCGGGUUCGCUUGGGCUGUGGAUCAUGACUCUCGGGAUAUAGUAUGGUUUAGAAACUUCACCCUUGCUCCCUCGACCCAAACGACGACGGCAGGCGCGUGGGUCGCCCUGGACGGGCGUUCUGGAGAAGUACUAUGGUCUACGGCUAACCCGAGCAAUGAAAUGGCACCCACGCCGGUUUCUGUGGCGAAUGGCGUCAUGUUUGCAUGUUCUGUGGCUCCGGAGGGGCCCGUGUUUGCGAUGGAUGCCGAGACGGGCAAGAUACUGCGGUCCUACAAUUCAGGAGCCACGGUGUACGGAGGGAUAUCAAUAAGUUAUGGGUGCAUUUAUCAUGGGAAUGGGUAUAAGUUGGGCCUAUGA